AGCUCAAUCUAUAAACUGACAACAGAGAGAAAGCAGAAAACAGAGUUCUAUUUGUGUCCGUAGUUAUCAGGAAAAGGGAAAUGGAGAUUGAGGAAGUGAGCAGCUGCGGCGAGGCACUGCCUUUGCUUUCACUCAAUCAUGUAUCCCUGCUUUGCCGAUCGGUAUUGGAUUCCGCCAGGUUUUACGAGGAGGUUUUGGGCUUUGUCCUAAUUAAGCGCCCUUCUUCUUUCAACUUCACCGGAGCAUGGUUAUACAAUUAUGGAAUAGGAAUACAUUUGAUCGAGAACCCAUCGCUCGAUGAGUUUGAGCCCAUAAUGGAACCGCGACCAAUCAACCCCAAAGACAACCACAUCUCUUUUCAAUCUACGGAUGUUAUGCUGGUGAAGAGGAGAUUGGAGGAGAUGGGGAUGAGGUACGUAACAGCUGUGGUGGAAGAAGAAGGGAUAAAAGUGGAUCAAGUGUUCUUCCACGACCCAGAUGGUUAUAUGGUAGAAAUCUGCAACUGUGACAAAAUUCCCGUUCUGCCCCUCUCUCCUUCAUUCAAGCCCUACAACACUAAUGCGAGUUUCAGAAAAUCAGCGGCAUCGGCCAAAUGUGGGGUGUUGUUCAUGGAGAAUGAGAUGAUGGAAAGCUUGAGCAUGGACAUCCUAAAUCUUGUGUUUUAAUUAUCCCUUUUAUCGUCUUCCUAUGUCACCUUUUUUUUCUCCUUUUUCACUUUUGUAUCUUUUUCUGGUUUAUGUUGAAGUAUAAUUUCAUAUCUUCCUUUCUAAACGUGAAAAGUAUCGACGUCUUCUUUUAUAUAUAUAUAUAUAUAUAUAUAUAUAUAUAUAUAUAUAUAUAUAUAUAUAUGAACAGGUGGAUGUUGGAUAAAUAUUAAAGCUUAAAUCAAGAAAGAGGAUAUAAACAGUACAAGAAAACAAGGGUUAUCGAUCUGGCUGAGUCACGAACAAGGUGUAGAGAUCAAGUUAUAAACUUUAGGUCUUAAU